AAGUACAGUCAUUGUACGGCCCACACUCGUACUCAGCCUCAGGUACUGAGGUCGUGAGGGCUGAGCUGAGGUAGCUGCAAUACCAUACUAUUACUAGCUCCUUCUCUAGUUUAGUUGGACUAAAACUAUCUAUGCAGCUUGAAAUUUCCUUUCUCCUUCAAGUUAGUUAGCAAAAUAUCGGCGCCACGUACACCUCCGUGGCAUAUAUAUUGCUGAAGACAGCGACUUAUUUUAUCAAGUCAAAUCAUUUCUGGCGAAUACUGAUGCAUUGUGAUUAGCAUGUUGGUCCAGUGGCUUCUCUGUUGGUCACUGUUGGCAUUCUUGUGCCUCCAUGUGGCCGCUCAGUACCACCCAGAAGGCAGGCCUGACCCUCCAGGUACUCCCAAGAGAACCAAGACAAAGUACAGUGCAGUACCAGAGGAAGCUAAUUAUCUGAAAUGUGACGUGUGCAAGAAAUCCGUACGAGUUUUGUUUCAAACGGUGGCGGAGCAGCAGCAAACCCGCAAAAAGAAAAAGAAGAUGACGGAAGAGGAAAUUCUGGAAUUGGUCGAGGGCACGUGUAAGCCUUUCUCUUCUAGUGGAGGCUGGAUAUUAUCAACAGACCUGGUGCAGCCAGAGGAAGACACGCUCGAGAUCGUCCAGCGUGACUUUAUGAGCCGCUGCAAGACAGAAUGUGAAACGGUUUCAAGAGCAUGUCAUGACACACUAGGCGAUGUAGACACCGAUGUCGCUGAGUUGCUCUAUCAAGGCUCUCUCACACAAGCACAGCUCAUCAACAAGGUGUGUUAUGAGAUGACGGAUGCGUGUAAGAGGAAGCGCUCACUCACCAAACCUCACAAGGAGGAAGCGUUUGCACCCAUGCCGGAGAAAGAAUACGACAUGUUCAAGAUGAUUGAGGAAACCAAUUACGGUGGUGGCCGUGGUGGUCUCAGCUUGUACAGCCGUGAAGACAUCGCUGAGUCCUUGGGUGGUGAUGAUGUCGGACAACAACAGCAGCAGCAGCAGCAGUACACAGAUGACCAGUAUUCUUCCGACUCAAUGGAGGGUGACUAUGAUCAAGGUUAUUAUGCACAAGAUGAGUAUGCGGAGUUACCACCAGAUGACUGGGUAUCUCGGAUUGUAUGGAAUGUACAGAACACAGCAAGGUGGGUUCAGUCAUUUUUCUCCGAGGAUGCAUACAGCAACGAUGAGCUGUGAUGGCAGCAUGCUCAACCACUGGAGCCUUGAGAAUAGCACUUGAAUUGUCUUUCUGCUGGUCCAAUUUUCUAUAUCGGCCUAUUGUUUUCCACGCCUGCCCAUUUUGCUAGGCUGCCUUACUGCUGGAUGUUUGUGUUUUGCCCUUGCCCAAAAUGCUUUGCUACCUUGCUGCUUUUGCUGUUUCUAAAAUUUUAAUGCUGGCUGAGUAAAAGUCAUGCACUCUG